AUGCGAACACGCCUUCGAGGCCCUGGCGGCGCAUCAACAAUCACCCUCGCAGAAGACGCCACAAUAGGCGACUUAGUCUCCCAAAUAACAUCCAACACAUCUCUCACCAAUUUCGACGUGAAAUAUGGAUACCCACCACGGCCGUUAUUAUUACAACAGUACACAAAAUCCGAGGCCUUGAGCGUUCUCGGGGUGAAGCUCGAUGGGGAGCAGCUUACGAUAAGCCCGAGAGAGGAGAAGGCUGGGGCGGCGAGGAGGGAGACAGAGCAAACAAGUGGACCUGUUACUCAAAGUACAUCUACGUCGGAAAAAGCGCACAAGGGAGCAACAGAGGGAUUUUCCUUCACUAAUAUCCCUGGGCUCUCACAACCACAAUCGCAAGCGUCAACAGGGGAGAAUUUGAACAAACCAGUAUCAUUGCACAGGAAAGGCAUGGAAGGCGAUGUCCCAGAACUCCCUCUUCCAGAGCGCGGGGCAACCCUUGUCCUCCGCGUAAUGCCCGACGACAACAGUUGUCUCUUCCGUGCCUUCGGCACUGCCGUCCUGCCAGGCGACGACCAAACCAUGCCAGAGCUACGCUCCCUAGUCGCCAGUGCAAUCCACAACGAGCCCGAACUGUACACCAAAGUAGUGCUGGAGCAGAACCCAGAUGAUUAUUGCCGGUGGAUACAGACUCCUGAUGCGUGGGGAGGGGCGAUAGAGAUGGGUAUUUUGGCGAAGCAUUUUGAUAUGGAGAUUUGUAGUAUUGAUGUACAGUCUUUACGAGUCGACACAUUCAACUCCGGCCGGCCCACGCGCUGCAUCCUCGUAUACUCCGGCAUCCACUACGACACGAUCGUACAAUCGCCCUCCGACCCGCCUCAUACCAAAGCCGACGCGCCCCCUGAAUUCGAUAAAAGGGUAUGGGACAGCGACGAUGACGAGAUCCUGAUAAAAGCGCAAGAGCUAUGCAAGAAGCUGAAAGACAGGCAUUAUUUUACCGAUACGGGUGGCAUGGCUAUUAAAUGUAAUGAGUGUGGCGCUGUGGUAUAUGGGGAGGGACAGGCGAGUUCACAUGCCCAGCAGAUGGGUCAUUAUGAUAUGGCGGAGGUGGUUGCGUGA